UUUGUUUCCAUGGAGCCAACAUCGCCACGUUAAAACUUCAGGGAGAAUGCAGAAUCGACCAUAAACGCGAGUAUGGAGAAUUGCCGAUAAAACAAGCCGGUGUUCUAUUUCUCUUUUGCAGCAGCGGGAAUAGUUCAAGUGCAGUAGUUUGGUGAUUAACUGGUUAGAUGCCUCAACAGAAGCAAACAGCUUUGACUUUGGACUAGAAAACCCCACCCAAUAAAAACAUUUUUGCACAAUGAGCCAGCAGGAAGAGAAUGAGUGCUUUGAAAACUAUGCAUAUCACCACUCCGAAACACUGGAAAUGGACAGAGGUACACAGGGACCAUCUACAGCCCGCGCAACCCCACUGCCAUCUUCCUACCAGCGGGAUGUGUUUCAAUCAUCAGAUGUUUGGAGAAAUUGUGGGCAGCCAGAGAUUAUACAAAUGACAACAAUUGGCAGAGAACACAGGGAAUCAACACCUCCAUUCAAUCAUAUGAAUGCAAAUGAGAAUAACACUGGAUAUGUUAAUCCUGGGUUUGAGCCCAUUGCAGACGAUUCCUAUGGCUCUGUUUCAUCAACGUACUCUGCAAGUCAUCGCCAAGAUUCUUCAUUCAUUCCCAGCCUCGACAGAAAUGUUCAAAUUUUAAACCUGGAGCCAAAAACGUAUCCAGAUUACAAAUACAUUGAAACGCAUACACCUCCACAAGAUGUUCCUCAGACACCAGGCAAAGUAGAGGAAGAUGCAUCGACAAAGAUCUCCGGUCAGCUAACGAUAAAUAUCGAUGAAAUCACUUUCUCAAAUUUGAACAAACUUGAUGAACCACAUUGGAGAGGGAAGAGGCGCAUAAGUAUUGGUGCUGCAAUACGGAUGGCAUCCUUGGCUGGUGUGAGCGCACAGGAUAGAAUACCAGAACGUGAGCUGAGAGAAGAAGAGACAGAAGAAAGGAAGGAGCUUAUUGCUGAACUGGUGACCUUAUCACCCAGUGAACGGGCAAGGGCCAUCCUGGAAUUGACAGUGGGCUUGCAUGAGAAACGAGAGAUCAGAGAACAGGUAAAUAUGGAGAUUGGGCCAAAGUCAAUGGAAAGAGAUUAUCAGAUAAAUAGCUGCACCCAGCUUCUGGCUAAAAUAUUAGCUACUCUUCGACGCUUCCGUGAAAACACGAUUGAAAUUUUCCAUUCAAUUCAUCCGUGGCAUAGAUCCUUGAAAGUUAUUGGGGGCAAGUUCGGAACAGGAGUUCUCACUUACUUCACCUUCCUCAAGUGGCUCCUUACGUUCAACAUCCUUUCCUUCCUCAUUAACAUCAGCUUCAUCACCAUUCCUCAGUUCUUUGCUUUGGUUCACAACAACCGCUCUUUCACGGGCUUGGAGCUUCUCAGUGGUGCAGGUUAUUUUACACAUACGGUUUUUUAUUAUGGGGUUUACACCAAUGCCAGUAUUCAUGUAAGCCAUGCAGCAGGAAUAUAUAACAUGCAACUUGCUUAUUUCCUCACCUUUGGGAUCUGCAUGCUGAUGUGCUUUAUGUCUCUAGUGUUCAGCAUGGCAAAGUCAUUCAAUGAAAACUUCAUAGCAAUCGGCACUUUCUCUGGUGAGGCAGCCAAGCUUCUGUGUUCAUGGGAUUACAACAUAACGAAUGAGAAAACCGUGCAGCUGAAGAAAAGGAGCCUCAGCACACAGUUAAAGGAAAUGCUAUCGCACAAGAUGCGUUACAAGAGACAACUAACGCGAAACCAGAGGAUUGUAAGAUAUUUCAUUCACCUGAUGGCUUGGAUUAUUUCGUUAGGUACAACGUACGCCUGCUGUUUUGGAGUUUAUUCCUAUUCUGUUUCUAAUUUUCAGGUUAUUGAAAAAAAUCUAAUGGAGGAAGACUUGCAGAAACAAGCAAUAACAUUGAUCUUGCCUUGUCUGGUAGCAAGCAUUAAUCUAUUCGUACCCUUAUUCUUCUCUUUCCUCGGUCUGAUGGAAAGAUUCAAAUAUCCAUGGCAUGAGAUCUAUGUCCUUAUUAUAAGAAAUGUGUUGCUGAAAAUGUCAAUGAUUGGAGUUCUGUCUUACUACUGGCUGGUGACAAUAGCAAAUAAUAUGGAGUGUUGGGAGACAUUUGUGGGUCAAGAACUCUACCGACUCGUCGUGACGGAUUUCAUCUUCUCUUUGUUCAGUUCCUUCUUCGGGGAAUUCAUUCGAAGCGUCAUAGGAACACAUUGCUGCCCAAAGCUCGGAAAGCCAGAAUUUGACAUUGCAAGGAAUGUGUUAUCGUUAAUCUAUGCACAAACACUUGGGUGGAUUGGAAUAUACUUUGCACCUCUUUUACCAGCAAUACAAAUUAUUAAGUUUUGCAUUACGUUUCAUGUUAAGAAGGUGAGCCUGAUGAUGAAUUGUCAGCCACCACGCAUGGCUUGGCAGGCUAGCCACAUGACCACAAUCUUCAUCUUACUCCUGUUCUUCCCUGCCUUCAUUGGGGUUCUUUGCCUGAUAGGUGUGAUUGUGUGGAAACUGAGACCCUCUAAGUUCUGUGGGCCGUUCAGAGGAUUAACCAUUGCCUAUAGUACAGUCUCUCAUUUUAUUAAUGAGAAGAUGACCCGACUGGAGUGGCUCUCAUGGGUCUACAAAAACAUGCUUCUGAGCCCACUAUUCUACUUCACCCUAUCCAUCAUUGUGUUUGCUUUUAUCUACCUGUAUUGGCAAAUUAUCGAUGGGCGUAAAGUGAUGGUGAAACUCUUACAAGGGCAAAUUAUCAAUGAAGGAAAAGACAAAGCAUAUUUGCUACACAAACUCACUGCCUUGAGAAUAAAGGAAGUUAAUGGAGGGAUGGUGAAGUCAAUAACAUUUGCGAAAGAGCCUAAUCUGCCGAUUGGGGGAGGAAGCGAAAGCCAAUUCAACGAACAAAGUUUUGUUGAUGAUGCUACGUCAACCAGCAACAUGGAAGUUUGGAGUGUGAUUAGUGAACAAGAUCAGGAUCGUGGCUCAAGUAUAAUAGAGUCAGACACCGCUCAGGCACUGGCGUUAGCUGCCACGCAGCAGGCAGAGCAGGAGCAGCCGCAAUAACCAUUCCCAAGACAGUUCCUAGUGCGCUGUGCCACCCCAGGAAUCCCCACAAGAGGACUUGCCAGCACCUUAACCGAUGAAUGACUCUCACAGAUUGCAACCACGCUUGCCACUCAGUCACUGACUACAGUUGAGUUCUUGGUGGCUUCUGCCCAGGUACUUUCAUACAUCCACUGGAUCACUGCCAAACUUUACACAAGUCCUUUGCAGACUUUGCUGGUCCAAAUAAUCGGGAGCAUUUUCAAUGGUUGUCCAUGCUAAUAAAUAUGACUCCAUGCUCCACGAUGCACCACUAAAAUUGUAAAUUACAUAAUCUAACCCAAUGAAGUUAUAUGCCUAGAAAUCAGGAUCAUGUAACCUGCUGCCUGGCGCUGUGGGGUUAAAAUCUAUUCCACCAGGAAUUGAUCACAUUUACAACCAUUUCCAAGUUGAAUUAAAUCAAGGGAUAAUUUGACUAGAGAGAAGGAGAAACUGUUUGUAAGUCACCCUAGCACACUCCAAGGCAGUUUCUGUGUCAAAACUAAGCCAGAGAAUUUGGGCCUUGCUGCUUUGGGACACCUGUAUGGCGCAUUACAGGUCUUACAGCUUGGGUGAACUGCAGAAAGCAAGAUGCCUCCCUCACCGAGUAGCCCCCUCACUGCCACUUCUGGCAACUCACCACCACCCUGAUGCCGACCUCUCCCAGCCACUAUCCUUCCGCCCCCCCCCCCCCAGGCCCAACUGGACCUUUGGUCAACCCACAAAGUUUGGACAAGGGAGAAGAAUGUUGGGCAACACAGUUCACGGUCAGGCCCAGUAACUUCACAUUGAGGCCCAGUAACUUCACAUUGAGGCCCAGUAACUUCACGUUGAGGCCCAGUAACUUCACGUUGAGGCCCAGUAACUUCACGUUGAGGCCCAGUAACUUCACGUUGAGGCCCAGUAACUUCACGUUGAGGCCCAGUAACUUCACGUUGAAGCCCAGUAACUUCACGUUGAGGCCCAGUAACUUCACAUU